CAGGGUGAUAAAGCCCACAGCACCUGUCAUGUCACAGAGAGCUUUCUGGUGUUGAUUUGGCCUCCAACCACGUCAGCCUUCACUAUGAAGAUACCCACGAAUACAGUGCUCCCAUUUGCAGCAUGGGCUGCACCGAGAGCAUCAAUCAAGGGCGUGCCGGACGUUCUGACCAAGUCUGCCCAAGACGUCAUCCAGGCCGCUGGCGCCAGCGCAUCUUGCGAGUGGUUCACCCAACCGAUAGAUCACAGCAACCCUGAGCUUGGAACAUGGCAGCAAUUAUAUUGCGUAAACCCUGCCAAAUGGGGAGGCCCCGGGUCGCCUGUGGUUCUCAUGACCCCUGGCGAGACCCCAAUCUGGGGGUCCAUCACGCCUAGCCGAGGUUACAGCUUUCUGGAUAACACAACGAUGACCGGAUUAUACGCACAGGCCAUUGGGGCGGCAACCGUUGUGAUCGAGCACCGAUACUUUGGCGGAUCUUCGCCAUACGAUGGCUUCGAUGCCGAGACUCUACAGUAUCUCACAAUGGACCAAGCAGCCAUGGACAUGGUCAACUUUGCCCAGAAUGUUGUCUUCCCUUUCGAAGACGGCAAAACAAGUGUGGCUACCAAGGUGCCGUGGGUUUGGUUUGGGACAUCCUACGCGGCAACGCUGGGCAGCUGGAUUGAACACACCUAUCCUGGCGUGUUUUACGCGUUCCAUCUUAGCAGCGCUAUCGUGCAAGCAAACACCGAGAACUGGUACUACUACGACACUAUCCGAAAAGGAAUCGAUUCUUACAGGGGAGACACACGCUGCACUGUUGCGUUGAAUGAGGUUUCAGAAUAUGUCGACAAGUACUUGCUGGCUUCGAACCGGAACGAGACGGAAGUGCAGGCGCUCAAGCUAUUGUUCGGUGCGUCAUUCCCGAUUGAGGAUGACGACUUUGCCUAUGCUAUUGCGACGCCGUUCCGCUACUGGCAAGAAACCAACGGUUACCGCGAUAUCUUGGAGAUGUGCGAUGCUAUCGUCGGCUCAAAUGAGUCGGAAGAAAACGACGUUCUGGGAACUGUUCCUGGCUCUGUCGGGAACUACGCUGCAUACUUUAGGAUGAAUUUCAGACAGUCAACUUGCGAGUAUCUCAACACCUGGGGACAGGAGGAUCCCCUCUGGUGCCUCAACACACAUUACGAGUGGAAUCCCUAUUUCAUUGCGAGAACCCUCGGGAACCCUUGGCGCACCUGGUACUGGUUCUUGUGCAAUGAGCCGAUUGCAUCCUGGGCCACAGGUGCACCAAAGGAGUCGCUCUCGAUGGUGUCACGAAAAAUUGAUGCUCAGUACUGGCAAAGACAGUGCGAGCUUCACUUCCCGGCUACACAUGGCGAGAAGUAUGGCAGCGCCAAGGGCAAGACACCUACCACUCUGAACGAAGAGACUGGUGGCUGGCUGCGGAACUCGACGCGUGUGAUCUGGACGAGCGGAGGAACGAGCAUGUCCAGCGAAAUCCGAACAGGCGGUGUGCUGCAGUCCACCGACAGCGUUUCGGUCUUCCUCAUCAAGAACGCUGUGCACGGCGAUGACGCAUUCACCACUCGUGCGCUUGGGAACCUCAACAUUAAGCCUAACCCAGAGGUUGUGAAGGUGCAGGAGCAGUCUGUUUUGAUUGUGAAGAAGUGGGUGGCUGAGUAUUAUGCGAAGCAGAGCAGCCAGAAAUAG